AUGAGUUUUUCUAUCGACGAAGUUAAUUUUCUUGUCUAUCGUUAUUUACAAGAAUCAGGAUUUCAUCAUUCAGCUUAUACAUUUGGGAUUGAGUCUCAUAUUUCCCAAAGUAACAUAAAUGGAGCACUUGUACCGCCAGCAGCAUUGCUCAAUAUUUUACAGAAAGGUUUAUUAUACACAGAAGCUGAAAUAACAAUAGGGGAAGAUGGUACUGAAACCCGUCUUACUGAAAGUUUGAGUUUAAUUGAUGCAGUUACUCCUGAUAUAGUUGCUGCUCGUCAGAAUGCUCAUAAUGCUCAAAAACAAGCUAUCAAAGAACCUGGCUCAGGUGGUGAGCAGAAUGGUGUUGAUGGUACUACUACAUGUAGUGCUCCACCAGCUCCAGGUGGAGCACCAACACCAGUUGCUCCAGAAAAUAUGGAUGUUGAUCAAUCUAUAGAGAUUCCAGCCAGUAAAGCAACUGUACUCAGCGGCCAUGAAUCAGAAGUAUUUAUUUGUGCAUGGAACCCCAGCACAGAUUUAUUAGCAAGUGGUUCGGGUGAUAGUACUGCAAGGAUUUGGGACAUGUCUGACAAUCCGGCAACAACACCCAAUCAAUUGGUAUUGAGACAUUGCAUUCAGAGGGGAGGAGCUGAAGUACCCAGCAACAAGGAUGUAACAUCACUGGAUUGGAAUUGUGAUGGCAACCUAUUGGCAACAGGAUCAUAUGAUGGUUAUGCCAGAAUUUGGACAACUGAUGGUACCUUAGCCUCAACACUUGGUCAGCACAAGGGCCCCAUAUUUGCAUUAAAGUGGAAUAAAAGAGGAAAUUACAUUUUGAGUGCUGGGGUUGAUAAAACUACUAUAAUUUGGGAUGCAGCAUCUGGCCAAUGCACUCAACAAUUUUCUUUUCACUCAGCUCCAGCCCUUGAUGUAGAUUGGCAAACUAACACUUCAUUUGCAUCUUGCUCUACUGAUCAAUGUAUACAUGUAUGCAGAUUGCAUGUGGACAAGCCAAUAAAAAGUUUUCAAGGUCAUACUAAUGAGGUUAAUGCCAUUAAAUGGGAUCCACAAGGGCAGUUGCUUGCAUCAUGUUCAGAUGACAAGACAUUGAAGAUCUGGUCCAUGAAGCAGGACACCUGUGUCCAUGACUUAGAAGCACAUUCAAAAGAGAUUUACACCAUUAAAUGGUCUCCAACAGGACCAGGCACGCAGAAUCCUAAUAUGAAUUUAAUUCUGGCAAGUGCAUCUUUUGAUUCUACUGUUCGUCUAUGGGAUGUUGAAAGAGGUAAAGAUACCAACGGGGGCUUCCUUUUUGAUGACGCCAAAACUGUGAUGGUCUCUUCUGUAGAACUAUUG